GCUCCGCCCCGGGGAACUGAGCGCGCGGCCAGCUUGCCUGCCAGAGAGACGCCAGCCACCGGCGGCGCUAGCACCUCGGAGGAGGGCGGCGGAGCGAGCGGAGCGCGGCGCUGCGACCCGGACUGGGGGUGGGGAGACGAGCCCCGCCGAGGCGAGGGCCACCCCCGGUCCUCUGCCCUCGCGCGCUGCCAGGGCCAGGUACAAAAAAGCUUUAAACAAGUAAAAUCUAGGCAACACGCUCCCUGAAGUGUUGACAGCCCAACUUAAUCAUGAACGUGAUUCAAAAAUGUUAAUAAAUAAACCAAGUGUAGACCAUGGGGAAUUCAUAUGCUGGGCAACUGAAAUCUGCUCGAUUUGAAGAAGCUCUCCACAACUCCAUAGAAGCCUCUCUCAGAUGUAGUAGUGUGGUACCACGACCAAUUUUUUCCCAGCUUUACUUGGACCCUGACCAGCAUCCUUUCUCAUCUGCAGAUGUAAAACCCAAGGUGGAGGAUCUGGAUAAAGAUUUGGUACACCGCUACACUCAAAAUGGAAGCCUGGAUUUUUCUAACAAUCUAACAGUAAAUGAAAUGGAAGAUGACGAAGAUGAUGAAGAAAUGUCUGAUUCAAAUAGCCCACCAAUUCCCUAUUCACAAAAACCUGCCCCCGAAGGGUCUUGCACUACAGAUGGUUUUUGUCAAGCAGGAAAGGAUUUGCGUUUGGUAUCUCUGUGUAUGGAACAAAUCGACAUCCCAGCAGGAUUCCUCCUGGUGGGGGCCAAGUCUCCCAAUCUUCCUGAACACAUCCUAGUGUGUGCUGUAGACAAGCGAUUUCUACCAGAUGAUCAUGGAAAAAAUGCACUUUUAGGGUUUUCUGGAAACUGUAUCGGCUGUGGAGAAAGAGGAUUUCGGUAUUUCACGGAAUUUUCCAACCACAUAAACUUGAAGCUCACCACCCAGCCAAAGAAGCAGAAGCACUUAAAGUACUACCUAGUCAGAAGCUCCCAGGGUGUACUGUCGAAGGGACCUCUUAUCUGCUGGAAAGAAUGUAGAAGCCGACAAUCCUCUACCAUUUGCCACUCUAUUAAACCAAACUCUUCAGUGUCAUCAACCGUGGCCCCAGAAAAUGGCACAACUAAUGGAUACAAAUCAGGAUUCAUUCAGACAGAUGCUGCUAAUGGAAACAGUAGCCAUGGAGGAAAGAGCAGUGCGUCUAGCUCCACUCCAGCCCGCCCAGGGAAUUACUCUUUGUCACCAAGACCUAGCUUUGCCUCAGGAGACCAAGCUACCAUGUUCAUUUCUGGGCCACCAAAGAAACGACACCGAGGAUGGUAUCCUGGGUCACCUGUCCCCCAACCUGGUUUAGUUGUACCUAUUCCUGCAGUUCGCCCUCUUUCAAGAACUGAGUCCCUUUUAUCUGCCCCAGUUCCACAGACCCCAUUAACUGGAAUUUUACAACCUCGACCCAUUCCUGCAGGGGAAACUGUAAUUGUUCCUGAAAAUCUGCUGAGUAACUCAGGAGUUAGACCAGUAAUCCUGAUAGGCUAUGGCACUUUACCCUAUUUCUAUGGAAAUGUUGGUGACAUUGUUGUGAGUCCUCUGCUGGUGAAUUGCUACAAGAUUCCACAGUUGGAAAACAAAGAUUUGGAACAGUUAGGUUUGACUGGCAGCCAACUCCUGAGCGUGGAAAACAUGAUUCUUCUGACAAUACAGUAUCUCGUGCGGCUGGGUCCUGAUCAGAUACCUCUCAGGGAAGAAUUUGAGCAAAUUGUGCUGAAAGCUAUGCAGGAAUUUACUCUGAGAGAGAGAGCCCUGCAGAUGGGUGGUCAGUGCACGCCUGUGUCACCAGGACAACUCCCCUGGCUGGCUAGAUUAAUUGCCAGCGUAUCUCAAGACUUGGUUCAUGUGAUUGUGACCCAGAACUCCUUGGCAGAGGGCAUUUCAGAGACAUUGAGGACUCUCAGUGAAAUGAGACACUAUCAAAAACUACCAGAUUAUGUUGUGACAAUUUGUGCAUCGAAAAUCAGAGGAAAUGAGUUUUGUGUGGUAGUAUUAGGUCAGCAUCAGUCCAGAGCUCUGGCAGAGAGCAUGCUCACCACAAGUGAGUUUUUGAAAGAAAUUAGUUAUGAGCUCAUCACAGGAAAGGUCAGUUUCCUGGCAUCGCAUUUCAAAACCACAUCGUUAGGUGAUGACCUAGACAAGCUGCUAGAAAAAAUGCAACAGAGAAGAGGAGAUAGUGUGGUGACCCCUUUCAAUGGAGACCUUAAUGAAUGUGUGUCACCUCAGGAGGCUGCUGCUAUGAUCCCCACGCAGAACCUGGAUUUAGAUAAUGAACCCUUCCAGAUUUAUCAACCGCAGCUUACAGUCGCCAGAAAACUCUUGUCCCAGGUGUGUGCUAUAGCAGACAGCGGCAGCCAGAGCCUGGACCUCGGCCACUUCAGCAAAGUGGACUUCAUCAUCAUUGUCCCGAGAUCAGAGGUUCUGGUCCAGCAAACGCUUCAACGGAUUCGACAAUCAGGUGUCCUUGUAGACUUGGGUCUGGAGGAAAAUGGGACAGCCUAUCAGAGAGCAGAGAAAUAUGUUGUUCGUCUAGACAAUGAGAUUCAAACCAAGUUUGAAGUUUUUAUGAGAAGGGUGAAACAGAACCCGUACACACUCUUUGUGCUAGUGCAUGACAACUCCCAUGUGGAACUAACGAGUGUCAUUUCGGGCUCUUUGUCACAUGGUGAACCUGGCCAUGGAUUGGCUGACAGAGUCAUUAACUGCAGAGAGGUUCUGGAAGCUUUCAACCUCCUGGUGCUCCAGGUCACCUCCUGCCCAUACACUCUGCAGACCCAACAGUCCCGAAUCAGCGCCAACAACGAGGUUCACUGGAUACAGCUGGACAGCACAGAGGACAUGAGCUGCGAGGAGAAGCUGUACUUCGGCAUGAACGAGUACAGUAAAUCUCUUCAGUGGGGAAUCACGAGCCCACUUCUGAGAUGUGAUGAGACUUUUGAAAAGAUGGUGAACACACUCUUGGAGAGGUACCCCAGGCUGCACAGCAUGGUCGUCCGCUGCUACCUCCUCAUCCAGCAGUACUCGGAGGCUCUGAUGGCUCUCACCACCAUGGCGUCCCUCCGAGACCACAGCACGCCGGAAACACUCAGCAUCGUGGAUGACCUCCUCAGCUGCCCAGGAAAAAACAAAAGUGGGAGGGGACACAUGCUCAUUCUCAGGGUGCCCUCCGUGCAGCUGGCGAUGCUGGCCAAGGAGCAGCUGCAGGAGGUGCGCGACAAGCUGGGGCUGCAGUACCGCUUCGAGAUCAUCCUCGGGAACCCCGCCUCUGAACUCAGUGUUGCAGCCCACUUUGUGGCGCGAUUAAAGACUUGGAGAGGAAAUGAAGCAGAAGAGUGGACCCCUCGGACGUACCAAGAUCUAGAAGGUCUGCCUUGUAUUGUGAUAUUAACUGGCAAAGAUCCCCUUGGAGAAACCUUUCCCAGGUCUCUGAAGUACUGUGACCUCCGGUUAAUUGAUUCAAGCUAUUUAACUCGCACGGCCUUGGAGCAGGAGGUGGGUCUGGCGUGCUGCUACGUCUCAAAAGAGGUCAUCCGGGGGCCCACUGCUGCCCUGGACCUUAGUGGCAAGGAGCAGGAGAGAGCCGCCGUCAGCGAGAACGAUGCCGAGGAGCUGCUGAUCGACCUGGAGAGGCCCCAGAGCAACAGCAGUGCCGUCACUGGAACCUCAGGCUCCAUCAUGGAGAACGGGGUGAGCUCGUCCAGCACCGCCGACAAGUCCCAGAAGCAGCCCCUGACCCCCAGCUUCCGGAGCCCGGCCAACAGCGUGGGGCUGGACGAAGGGGUCUCGGCGGGCCUGGCGGGAGCCGGAGAGACCCUGAAGCAGGAGUGUGACUCCCUGGGCCCCCAGAUGGCGAGCAGCACCACCUCCAAGCCGUCGUCGUCCUCGUCGGGGCCCGGGGCGCCGCGGUGGCCGGGACAGCCGGGGCCGGGCUGCCGGGGCGCGCACGCCGCGCUGCCCCCGGUCGUGAUCCUGUCCAAGGCGGCCUACAGCCUCCUGGGCUCGCGGCGGGGCGGCAAGCUGCCGGCGUCCGCGGCCCUGCUGCCGCACCCCGACGUGGCCUGGGCCAGCCCCCUGCGGCCGCUGCUGCCCGGGCACGCGAGCGCCGAGGAGCAGUCCCUCUACUACCGCCGCUGGACCGCGGCGCGGCCGCACCACGCCGACCACGGCAACCAGCCCGACCCCGCCUCGGGCGCGCGGCCCUGCCAUCCCCGCCGCCUGCUGCUGACCGGGCCCCCGCAGGUGGGGAAGACUGGCUCCUACUUGCAGUUCCUGAGGAUCCUCUUCCGCAUGCUCAUCAGGCUCCUGGAGGUGGACGUGUACGACGAGGCAGAGAUCAACACCGAUCACAGCGAAAGCAGUGAAGUGAACCAGUCAGAGGGAGAACCCUGGCCUGACAUCGAGAGCUUCAGUAAAAUGCCCUUUGACGUCAGUGUGCAUGACCCCAAGUACAGUUUGAUGAGCCUGGUAUACACUGAGAAGCUGGCAGGGGUCAAACAAGAAGCAAUAAAGGAAUCCAAAGUUGAGGAGCCCCGGAAACGAGAAGCCGUGUCCAUGAUGCUGACCAAGUACGCGGCCUACAACACCUUCCACCACUGCGAGCAGUGCCACCAGUACAUGGACUUCACCUCUGCCUCCCAGAUGUCCGACUCCACCCUUCACGCCUUCACGUUCUCUUCCUCUAUGCUGGGAGAAGAGGUGCAGCUCUAUUUCAUCAUUCCCAAAUCCAAAGAGAGUCAUUUUGUCUUCAGCAAGCAGGGCAAACACCUGGAGAGCAUGCGGCUGCCCCUGGUUUCAGACAAGAAUUUGAAUGCGGUCAAGAGCCCUAUUUUCACUCCUUCCAGUGGUCGCCACGAGCACGGACUCCUAAACCUCUUUCACGCCAUGGAGGGCAUCAGCCACCUGCACCUGCUGGUGGUUAAAGAGUAUGAGAUGCCGCUGUACCGCAAGUACUGGCCCAACCACAUCAUGCUGGUGCUUCCUGGCAUGUUCAAUAAUGCAGGCGUGGGUGCUGCCAGGUUUCUUAUUAAGGAGCUGUCAUAUCACAACCUGGAGCUGGAGAGGAACCGCCUGGAAGAGCUGGGAGUUAAACGCCAGUGUGUCUGGCCUUUCAUCGUUGUGAUGGAUGACUCGUGUGUCCUAUGGAACAUUCACAGUGUUCAGGAGCAGAGCAGCCAGCCCAUGGAAACAGGAGUUUCCAGUAAGAAUGUGUCCUUGAAGAGUGUCUUGCAGCAUAUUGAAGCAACACCGAAAAUCAUCCACUACGCAAUCCUGGGCGUACAGAAAUGGAGCAGCAAGCUGACUUCUCAGAGCCUGAAGGCCCCGUUCUCUAGAUGCCAUGUGCAUGACUUCAUUCUCCUCAACAUAGACUUGACUCAGAAUGUGCAGUAUGACUUCAACAGGUAUUUCUGUGAAGAUGUUGACUUUAACCUGAGAACGAACAGUAGUGGCCUGCUCAUCUGCCGCUUUAAUAACUUCAGUCUCAUGAAGAAACACGUUCAGGUUGGAGGGCAAAGGGACUUUAUCAUUAAACCAAAGAUCAUGGUGUCAGAGAGCUUAGCACCCAUCUUGCCCCUUCAGUAUGUCUGUGCUCCCGACAGCGAACACACACUACUGGCAGCCCCUGCACAGUUUCUCCUGGAGAAGUUCCUUCAGCACGCCUCAUACAAACUCUUCCCCAAAGCUAUCCGUAACUUCAAGAGUCCCGUGUUGGCCAUCGACUGCUACCUUAACAUUGGACCAGAGGUGGCCAUAUGCUACGUCAGCUCCAGACCCCACUCCAGCAAUGUCAACUGUGAGGGGGUGUGUUUCAGUGGACUCCUCUUGUACCUCUGUGACUCUUUUGUAGGUGCUGAUCUUCUUAAGAAAUUUAAGUUUCUAAAAGGUGCUACUCUGUGUGUCAUCUGCCAAGACCGAAGUUCCUUACGCCAAACGAUUGUCCGCUUAGAGCUAGAGGACGAGUGGCAGUUCCGCCUCCGGGACGAGUUUCAAACUGCUAACAGCGCUGAUGACAAGCCCCUCUACUUUCUUACCGGACGUCACGUAUGAGCUUUGGAAGAGACCAAAACCAGCAAAGGGAUGCCUAGGUGGGGUGGGGCAGUAACGAUUAUUAGGGGUGUUUUUUUUUCCUUUAAAGGACAAUCACUGUGGAGCCAAGUGCAACAUAUUUGUCUCUUCUCCAAAGAACCCCCCAAAUCUGACCUAGAUCCUUGGGGGGCAUCACUCUCCUUCAGUUCCAAUUUCAGGACUUAAAUUCAGGUUAACUCCACCCUAGGUAGUUAUGCAAUUACUUAAGACGUGGUCUGCCCACGGGAGGCUGAGGAGGAUUAUGCUUUGGAGAGGCCACAGGGAGUCUGCAUUGUUUUUUUUACUAUGCUGUGUCGGGGGUGGGGGAAAACUGACUCUCAGCAUUAGCUAGCCUGAAUGUGUUACGUGAGACUCACACCGUUGGUGUGGAAUUAAUUGAAGAUUAACGUUUGAGGCCUGAACCCUCAGUUUCUCUUCAGAUCUGUACUUUGGUACAGUAUUACUCAGGGGUCUGAAAUGAUAGAAUGUAGAAGAUAUUUGUAUUUAAAAAAAAAAGAAGUAGCUUUGUCUUUCUCUGUGCAGUGUUAGUUUAAGAUUUAUAAUCUUGUAUGUAUUGAAACUUUUGGCAAAAUUUCCACAGGAGUUAAAAGUUUACUAUUUAAACUGAACAAACAAAUUAGUAAAUGCAGAGCAGGCAUUGUGUGUAUUCGUGUAGCUUCUCCUGGCUUAGGUUCUUUUGCUUUAUCCAUUCUUCGUUUUCAGUCUCUUAAGCAUGCCUGUGAGAAUAUGAACAGCGAUUAAUCUUGCACAAGGAGAGCCUGAUUCAGUAGUUGAGCCAAUUCAGAAGCUUUCAGCAGUCACCCCACACCCACCCUGUUUGGUUGGAAUUUAGCAGUUGGCACCAGCAAAGCUAAAUGUCAGGCAGGCUUAGCUUCUGUGUGAAGUGGAACUAGUUUCUUUCCUGUCAAAGACUAAAGCAAAGUUUCCUUUAAAAGAUACACUGAGUGAAUAUUAGCUGCCUUAUACUGACGACACCACAGAAAUUGCUGAAAUGGGAAACAGAGCCAUAGAAAGAGAGGCUGUUUUAAUCCUACCAGUGGGGUGUGCGUGUGUUAAAGAAGAUGCCAGUAAGUCUCUUUGACUCAUUAAAAUCAAUAGGGGGUCUCUGUUCAGUAUCAACAGUAGGAGGCAUAAGUAAGUUUCUGCAGAUUUUUUACCACAUAUUUUAAUCAAAAACAGAUUUUUAGAAAAUGUUCUAGAACAAACUAGGUCUAUUGGAAGUUCACUCUUAAAUUACUCCACUUCUCAUCAUUAAACAAUCUGACAUUUUUCUCAUUAGCCCAUAUGUACCACUUUAUUCCCACUUUAAAUGGCCAUUUUUAACUUCAAUCGAUGUCAUAUUUAUGGCCUGAAGCCUGCAUUUACUUCGAACAAAUAGUGUUAACUGACCAGCUUUAUUAGUUUGUGAUAACAAGGAGUUUACAGCUAGUGAAAAGAUGUACUAAUCUGAAAAUGGUUUCAGAUCUCUUGGUUUUAAUAUAGCUACUUAUGAUGCUUUAAAUGUCUCUUGAAAUGAACAAUUCCUUUAAACUCCAUUUUUAACUGACCUUGAAAGAGGACCUGCCUUAUAGAUGCUUUAAAAAUACUCAAUUUUAGUAGAGCAGAAUUCUUGGCAAAGAGGUACGUUCUGAGGCAGGCUGAUUUAGAUAUGAAUGUAUUUCAGUUGUUCCUGUUUUGUUGAAAGGGCCUAACGCAGACGAUAUCAAGAAACCCACUAUUUGUGCAAUAUUCCAAAAAUAUUUACUAUAUAGGGCAAAUAAAAUACUUGAAAUAAUCCUAAAACAGUUGUACCUGGGGCAGAUGGCCUCUCAGGGUUUCUUCAGGCUUUAUAGCUUCAUAGGCUAAGGAAAAAAUUUUAAAGUAGUUACUUGACCUGAGGGGACCCCAUAUUAGUUAGAGCUGCACUCUGAAAAAUCAAAUGAUUCUGAUCUCUUAAAUACUAUUUAACUCUGGGGAAGAGAAAUGCCAGAAUAAAGCCAAAAGCCCAUCACCCCAAUGAUGGAGAAUUCAAAUUGACCUGCUUAUUCUUUUCAAUGCCUAUCUUACUAAGGUUUGGAUCUUUUAAAAUAACCUUAUCAUCAGUAUAAUUCUUUAGAGAAUGUUAGGUCGUUCUCCUGCAAGGAUAAAAUUGCACAAGCACAAGACACCAUGAUUGGUUAAUACGUACCUUGGUGUGUUCCACUUCGAGCCUUGCCAUCCCUUAAGAAUACUGUGGUGUGAAUGUGUUCACUAGGCCUGCAUAAUAACUGACCUAUAGACCUGUUGAACCUUGCCACAUAUGACAGUUCACACAGGUUAAUACUGAAUGUAAACUAAAAUUACAAUGAGAAUUGUUGUAUUCAAUUUUUUUGGCUGUAAUUUAUGCAAAUGCUUUUUGUGAUUUUUAGAAAAGGAGGCACCUGUGUUACUUUAUUACUGUAAAAUUUUCUUAACCAAAAUUUGGUGAAUUUCACUAGUCAGUCUACCUCACAUUUUGUUUAUGAUUCUAAAUUGUCUUAAGUUGUGUCUACAGUAUGUUCUUGUCCUUUAAUUUGGUGAAUGUAUUAAAAUUCUCUCCCACCCCCCCAAAGAGAAAGUUUGUUUUCUUUACAUGUUCUGGAAUGUUCAAAAAUGGAAUGAGCUGACUACGGCAAUGUCCAAGAAAGGCGAGAAGUCCACAUGUCAUAGGUUGGAUGACUCUAAGAUACUCUUCUGGCAUAACAGUCCAAGAAAGUAAAUAUUUGUUCACUGAAAAUUUGUAGCUUAUCCAAAGAAGAUACACACAUAUAAGGUAUCUACAUACCAUGCCCAUUUGCAGAGUGCCACAAUUAUGAAUAACAGAUCUAGAAACGAUUAUUAAAGAGAUGUUAGAAAUAUUCAUGGUACAUCCCCAAUCUUUUAUUUUACAGAUGGCAACUAUACUCACUUCCGUGUCCUGAGAAGCAGACUUUGGGUUGGUAGAACUGUGCAGUAUAACCCUAAGGUGUUACUCUCCAAUUGAUUUCUAAACUCUAAUUUCACCAACUUUUGAGAGUUAACUUGUUAUUCCAGGGGAAAAAAAAUGCCUUUCAGUUCUAUUAUUAUCAAGAGUGCUAAAAUAAUAGACUGAUAUAGAACCAUAAAAGCAUUCUUCAGGGCCAGAGGCCCCUGGCUGUUACCUCAGGAGGGGCAAUAACUAUUUUAAGUAUGAUGACAGAUUCAGGAUCAAGUAGAAACUGCCAGUGUUCCACUCCAUGCUCCA